GGCUCCUAGUUCUCGCGAGAGAAAGCGCAAAGCCUGCCGGGAGGGAUGCGCGGCAGUCCGCAGGUUUGCCCAAAAUGGCAGCCUUGGAGGAGGGUUUCACGUUGUCCGCGGUACCGUUGGGUGCCGGGCCUCACGGACUCCUAGGCGUGGAGCAGAGCGACAGACCUGACCAGUUUCUAGUGACGGACGGCGGCAGGACCGUCAUCCUCUAUAAGGUUUCUGAUCAGAAACCCUUGGGAAGCUGGUCAGUGAAACAAGGUCAAGUUAUAACAUGUCCAGCUGUGUGCAACUUUCAAACCGGAGAGUAUAUUGUUGUACAUGAUAAUAAGGUUUUGAGAAUAUGGAGUAAUGAAGAUGUAAACCUGGAUAAAGUAUUUAAAGCUACAUUGUCAGCUGAGGUAUAUAGGAUACAUUCAAUACAAGGGACAGAACCCUUAGUGCUAUUUAAGGAAGGUGCUGUUCGAGGUUUAGAGGCCUUGCUUGCAGAGCCCCAGCAGAAAAUUGAAACUGUUAUCUCUGAUGAAGAAGUGAUAAAGUGGACAAAAUUUUUCAUGGUAUUUAGGCAUCCUGUUUUAAUCUUUAUUACAGAAAAACACAGGAAUUACUUUGCUUAUGUACAAAUGUUUAACUCAUGUACCUUAAGCAAAUACACACUCUUACUUGGGCAUGAAGAAAAAUCUGUCAUACAGAGGUUCACUGCAUCUGUGGAUCGGAAAGUCAUCUCUUUGAUGUCGUUAAGCUCUGAUGGGUGUAUAUAUAAAAGCUUGAUACCAAUACAUCCGAAUGACCCAGAAAAAAAUCAGAGAGUGGUUAGAUCACUGUUGCUGAAGACUGUGGUGUCUGGUAAUGUUCGAAAUGGUAUUGCACUCACUGUCCUGGAUCAAGAUCAUAUAGCAGUCCUUGGACCACCACUGCCAGCUUCCAAGGAAUGCGUCUCCAUAUGGAACACAAAAUUUCAAACACUACAGACUUCCAAAGAGCUACCACAGGGGACCAGUGGUCAACUCUGGUAUUAUGGGGAAAAUUUAUUUAUGCUACAUGGAAAAUUUCUUACUGUGAUUCCAUACAAGUGUGAAGUAUCUUCAUUAGCAGGUGCUCUUGGAAAACUCAAGCAUAGUCAAGAUCCAGGCACUCAGACUGUGCCUCAUUUUGUAAACUGGGAAACAUCUCGGGGGUAUGGAUUUGGAUCCCAGAACUCAGAGCAGUCGAAGAGAAUUUUAAGGAGAAGAAAAAUUGAAGUGAGUGUACAGCCUCCACCAUCCAAACAACUUUUGUCAACUAUAAAGAAAGAUUCAGAAAAACGCAUUGUAGAAGAACUAUGUAAAUUUUUGGCUAGUAAGCAGACCCCUGAUUUUCAUACUAUUAUUGGGGAUAUAGUAUUAGAACUUCUGGGAAGACAUAAAGUAGAACCAUCAUUUUAUCCCCGGAACGCUCUGAUGCAGCUUAUCCGAACACAUGUGCUUUCUUACAGCUUGUGCCCUGGCUUAAUGGAAGUUGCCUUAGAAAAGACAGAUGUACAGAUGUUACAGCUCUGUCUACAACAGUUCCCUGACAUUCCUGAAUCAGUCACCUGUGCUUGCUUAAAAAUUUUCUUAAGCAUUAGUGAUGACAGUCUUCAAGAAGCAGAAAUCAAUAUGGAAUCAGUUUCUGACUAUAUUGAUUCUGUGCAAGAGGAGAAAAUGGAAGAGCAAACGGAAAUUCUUCACAAUGGCUUCAAUCCUGAAGAAGAAAACUGUGAUAACUGUGAUCGGGAGUUAAACAAAAAGCCUCAGGACACAGCAGAAGAGACCACUUCGUGCCCUGUGAUACCAAAGAGAGCAGCUCUGCUAAAUGCAAUUCUUCAUUCAGCUUACAGUGAAAUGUUUCUUCUGCCUCACUUGAAAGACAUCCCAGCACAACAUGUCACUCUAUUUCUCCAGUAUUUGUAUUUCCUUUAUCUGAAGUGUAGUGAAAAUGCUACCAUGACUCUUCCUGGGCUACACCCUCCAACCCUGAACCAGAUUAUGGAUUGGAUAUGUCUACUUCUGGAUGCUAAUUUUACUGUUGUGGUAAUGAUACCAGAAGCAAAAAGGCUACUAUUAAGUCUUUACAAAUUUGUGAAAUCCCAGAUAUGCAUUUGUUCCGAGCUCAACAAGAUUGAAGUAAGUUUUCGUGAACUGCAGAAACUAAAUCAAGAAAAGAAUAAUAGAGAAUUAUAUUCGAUUGAAGUGCUGGAACUCUUCUGAUGUCACCAGUUGUCCUUCAUCGAUAUUUUAUGAAGCUCUUUUAUGUGAAUCCUUCCUACUCAUGCAGGCAAGAGAUGUGUUUUGUUUGUGAGUGUCUCUCAGUGACAAGAGAAGUGUGUCAGCUAGAACCCGGACCAUCACCUAGAGAUGCUCCUAGGUUGGACUGUAGGUUGCACAUGAACCUAUUUUAGUUUAUGGGAGUUGGGGGGGAGAGGUUCUGAAACUUUUUUUAAAUAUGUAACUGAGCUGAUUUUAAGUAAACUUUUUUGUGUAUUGAUAAAAAUCUAAUUUCUUACGUGUGUUUUGAUUAGUUCUUUUAGUAAAAAAAAAAAAAAAAAAAGUUACCAUUGAAACAAUGAUUCUAAGAAGAAGGUAGUUUUAUCAGAGAACCUGUCUCAGCUCACCUGUGCUCACAGGAGACUGAGGAGGCCGAUUCCAUAAGCUGAGUAGGGAAAGGUCUUUGUACAGGCAUAUUCUUGUCUUCUACCACUUAUGUCCUUUCCCUGCUUCCACUUAGCUUUACAUGCUCAGAAGUUUAACAGUACCUCUAUUUAUUUAUCUCAUAUUAUCUUCAUAAUUAGUUGGUAAUUUAGGUUUUUGUAUUACUAAAUAGUAAAAAAAAAAAAAAAAAACAAAAAACACAGUUUUAUGAGUUGAUUGACCAUAGAAUUUCCCAUUUUAACUCUUUGGAUUUAGGACCAUUGAGAGAUUUUAUGUAGACAAAAUGGGUGUUUUGUUUCUUGAAAAUAAACUCAAGUUUAUAUUUGUUAAAAAUGAAAUCAUUCUUUCAGGUAGUGAAUUAAGAUCCCUAUACAUAACUUGAAACAUUUCUCAGCUAUGCAGGUCUCUGUUGAGUAAAUAAUUUUGAAACCUGUUUUAAUUUGAAGGGUUGUAAUACGUUAAAAAUUUCUGUAAAUUCUAGUGCAGAAAUAUAGAUUCAGAUGUGAUUGUGAGGCCCAGAGUUACAGAAUCCCAAUUGCUUCAGUUAAUUUGCAUUGGAAAAAGCCUUCAUUUUUAGGUCAUUUACUUUCUAUAAACUUUAGUUACAAUUAUGGCAAUUAGCAGACAGCUUCUCAGUCUGCUUAAUCUCUUCUUAAUCCCAAGAGGAAAGAAACACAAGGGUAACCCCAUAUAUUAACUGUCCUGCUUACUUUAUAUAAUAGGACUUCUUGCUCAAUUUAAAGUGAUACUGUACUUCUCAGCAGAAAUAAAAAUGUAGGUUUUCAUAGUAGUGCAGUUUCUGUAUAUGGUCCUUAUAAGUGAAUAAAAUACUGAUUUUUUAAAAA